GGCGCAUCACGCAAGUGACAAGUCAAAGUGAGCAGUGGUGAAGCAUCGCUGAACGCUGUUGAGUUUUUCGCGUUCAUCGUUUGAUAAAAUACGUGUUUAGUUCUUGUACGUGAUUAUUUAACAAUAUGUAAUCCUGUUCAGAGUGGAGAUAUAAUAUUGUGUAACCGCAAACGAUACAGUGUUUAUCGAUGAUAACUGCCCAUACGAUUUAGUGAAUAUUAAGUUCUUGGCAUGUUAAAAAGAGUUAAGACUAACCAACGGUGAUCAAGAUGGCGAAGGAAAUUGCGGACGAGUAUGCAUCUAGUUUGUCAGACCUGACGGUCAACAGUAAACCCCUGAUUAAUAUGCUUACGAUCCUGGCUGAAGAAAACAUCGAACACGCUGGGGUCAUCGUGGAAACCGUGGAGAAGCAUCUGGAGAAGGUCUCUCCAGAUAUCAAGCUGCCAGUUCUUUACUUAGUUGACUCUAUAAUCAAGAAUGUCGGCGGGGCAUACACACAAAAGUUUGCUCAAAGUAUUGUCAACAUGUUCACUAAGACCUUUAAACAGGUGGAUGAGAAGGUAAGAUCUCAAAUGUUCAAGCUGCGUGAAACAUGGCAUGAAGUGUUGCCAUCCACCAAGUUGUACCAACUGGAUGUGAAAGUGAACCUGAUAGAUCCAGCGUGGCCGAUUCAAGCUCAUCCUCAGCAGUCUAACAUCCAUGUAAAUCCAAAUUUUCUGAAAAAGCAGCCCGCACCGGCAACAAGUACUACUACAUUAACGCCAGAAGAAGAACAGAUGCGGAGUAUUGUUGCAAAGAAGGAACAAGAAUUGCUGAUGCUGCAGAGAAAAAAGGUGGAGAUGGAGCUUGAGCAGACAAGAAGACAACUAAAGAUAGCUGAGAAAACGGGUUUGAUUCCCAAUGUUGCCACUGCUCCUAUAAUGCCUGGUGUUGUCGGUGCGCCAGUCGCGAUGGUCAGCCCUGUACCUGCGCUCAACACGGUUGUACCAGUGCCAGACAACAUGCAUAUACCUGCUAAACAACGUCUUGGACCGCCGGUAAACAAAGUGGCGGGUGCCGGUCGCAUCGCGCCCGUGAGCGGAGCACUGGCGGCCGCUCGCAGGGACCCGCGCCUCUCCCGCCGCGCCCCUCCCCCGCGCCCCGCCCCGCCCGUUGCCGCGCCGCCCGUAGCCGCGACGCCCGUUGCCGCGCCGCCCGUCUCAAUAGCGGUGCCGCAAAUGACACCCGUCGUACCGCCCAUCGCGCCCAACGUUUUCGAUAUCAAGCCGCUUGAGCGCGGAGUUACUAAACGUAAAAAUGUGAUUACCAUUGACGUUCGCCCGGAAGCUCGGGACCCGCGUCAACCGCGUGACCGCUCGCGAAUUCGAAAAAGAGCGGAGAAAGAGCGUAAGGAGAAGGAGCAUAAUGCGGACAAACCCGAGAAAGUAGACAAAAGCGACAAAAGUGAACAAGAUAAAAAAGCGGUGGACGCUUACAUCGACCGGCUUCAAAUCGCCGACUCAAAAAAGAUUAACAAGUUGCCCCCGAUACCGAAAAAAGUUCGGGAAGAAAAGGAGGAUCCUCCGACUAAAAAGAAAAAGGAGGAUAAUGAGAGGAAAAAGAAAAGGGAGAAGGACAGCUCUAGUUCGUCUCCCGAGAAGCGGUCGAAAACCAAAGAAAAGAAAGUCAAACUGAAGGAGAGUGUAGAAGUUGAAGAAAAACCUGCUGAACCAGAAGUUGUGGCUUUCAAGGAGCUUAAGAAUUACCACAAGGAGCGGUACAUGCGGCGCAACAAGGAGAAAUCUGAGAGCCCCGAAACCGUCCCAAAAGAAGAUACUAAGACUGCUGAUGAAAGUAAAAAUAUAGGUGAACUAGUAGCUGAAAGUAAAGACGUCGACUUGCGCGUCUUACCUCCUCCCAUGGCCGAAGUCGCGGCUCCUAUCGCCCAGAAGAGACCGUCCACCGAAACCGUCGAGGGAAAAGUUAAAAAACAUAAAGUCGAUAAGUUCGAUAUACUUUUUGGAAACGAGGAUGUCGAUCUCCGCCAGUUGCCUCAAGUUGAGGAAACCCCACCGCCGCCCUCCAUCACUGCAAACGACGCGUCUGAUAAUGAAAAAGAUUCCGAUCCUGACUUUAAAAUGGCUUCGCCCGUUCGAUCGCCAAAGAAAGAUUGGAACGAAGUAAAAGAAAAAGAAGAAAAGACUAAUUCAAAGAAGACACCCUCGAAACUAGACCUCGUGCGAGCCAAAUUAGCCGAAGCCACGAAAGGAAAGGAACGUAUCGGGCGUCCGUUGCACUUCAGCAAAUCUCCAAGCAUUGAAAGGGAUCGUCGACGUACCAUAAGCUCCGAGGAUAUAGACCUAAGAAGCGAUAAGGUGGAAGAUUUCGAUGCUCAAGACCAUAAGAAGACGAUAUCGAUUAUUAUGAACCAAGCGAAGGAACAAUAUAAUGAUGGACAAAUGGAUAAAAAUCAGUACAACACUCUGAUGUAUCAGGUGCUUCAACUGAGCGAAAAACUAAAGUUGAAAGAAGCUAAGCAAAGGGAGUCACUAGAGGUAUCCAAGAGAAAGCUCAAUGCUCAUAUCGAGAAUAGCAAAGUUCCUUCCCCGAAAUCGUCACCUAGCGACAGAAAUAAUUUCGGGGAUAUAGACGAAAGAGUUCUCAAGCCAAACCUAGUAGAGCCUAGCGAAAAUAAUUUCAAUUCCCACCAGGACUCCGACAUGAGAAUUAAAAAUCACGGCGAAAUGAUGGAACCGGUACAGCCAGGUUUUCUUCCCGUGCCGCCGAUGAUGCCGGUCCCGCCGUUCAUGGGCCCCUAUCCGAUGUGGAGAGGCCAACCCGGAAUGAGGAUGGAGGAGUUCGGUCCCCGACGAUUUAGGGGUCCGAACCCGAUGGGUCCAUUCUAUAGAGGUAAAUUCGACAAAAGAAUGCCGAGACUUCCUUUCGAUCCCAGAAUGGCUAUGCCUCUUCCUACUCCCAAACUAGGGAUGUGCCAGGGCGAAUCUCCCUUGCGACCGUACGAAAGAUCGAUCACCCCGCCGCCGCUUGGCGCUCCGGGCUACGGGGUUCCACCGACGGACUUCAAAAUUCUAGAAUACAUCGAUCAGGACCCGGUCAAGACUAUUCAAAUAGACGGCAUACCGAGGGAAAUAAGGUUUUACGGCGAGACUGCAGUUAUAAUGCUCGACUGGGAUGACCCCAGGGAGAUCAAAUUUUUGCCGGGUUGCCGGCGAGUAACGUUCGACAACAAAGAUUCUAUCGUCCUCAAUUUUAACGAAGGUUACAAACAGGUGGAGAUCGAUGAUCAAGUAUUCGACAUAAGAUUCGGUGCUCCGACGCGGGAAAUGUAUAUUAAUGGGAGAUGGUACGAGUGCUACUUCGGGGGGCAGCCGGUGGGUGUGAUCAUCGACGGGAAACCUCGUCUGGUGCACUUGGAGGGUCCCCUGCCCCAGGUGGAUAUCGGCAAGAUUAAGCGAACGGAUCUCGUGGCCGGAAAGAUCAAUUUAAUUAUAGACGCUACACAGAUCUGUCCCGUCUAUUUGGACGCUAAAGUUCAAAAGUUUCAAGUCGACGGACAGUUCUACACGAUUCGUUUUGUCGACUGCUUGCGGACCGUUCUGAUAAACGAACAACCUUUCAAGGUGGAGUUCGGUGACUUGCCUAAGCCUAUAUUUAUAGGUUCGGGAAAACACUUCGUAAGAUUUUCAGCGCUGCCGAAGAAUAUCAAGCCGGGUCAGAUUCAGAUCGCCAACAUGGAGGGCACCGCUCUGUCUUCUUCGGCCGCAAUGGCUAAACCAGUUGUCGAUGCAGCCGAAGUGGUUGUGCCUAUGGAAGUGAACGAAGACAUCCAACGACCUCAAAAAUCUCCAAGUCCUGAAGGUGUUAGUCAAGGUUUGAAUAUGCUAGCAAGUUUAAUGCCUACGAGCAUGGCUCCAGCGUCCAGCUCCGAAUAUAGUUCAGCAGAACCAAUUAUAACGAAAUCUGAUAAAAUUCCUGGCCUGGAGACUCCAUCUGACGAAAAACCUGCGAACUCUAUUCCAUUGCUCGGAAAUAUAAACGUCAAUGAUUUGUUUGCAAAGCUGGUAGCCACCGGUAUUGUUCCUAUGGCGAAGAACCCUAAGUCCGAACCGACAGUAGAACCGAAGAGGGAGGAACCUAAGGCAAAGUCAAAAGAAGAUAAGAGUGUCAUACAAAAAGUAGAUUUGCUGAAACCGGAAACUUUGAGAGUGAAGCAGCCGGGAGUAGUGGCGCGGUUGUACGGCGGGAUGCAGUGCAGCGGGUGCGGCGCGCGCUUCCCGCCCGAGCACACGGUGCGCUACUCGCAGCAUCUCGACUGGCACUUCCGCCAGAACCGGCGGGAACGCGACUCCGCCCGCCGCGCGCACUCGCGCCGCUGGCACUACGAUCUGCCCGACUGGCUGCAGUACGAGGAGAUCGAGGACUUGGAGGAGCGCGAGAAGAGCUGGUUCGAGACUGGCGAGGGUGGUAGCGCGGCGGCGACAACGGGCGAGGGCAGCGCGCCCGCCAGCCCGCCCGGGCCGAGCGCGUGGGCCCCGGCGGCUCAGCACCACUGCGCGCUCUGCGGGGACCGCUUCCAGCAGUUCUACAACGAGGACCACGACGAAUGGCACCUGCGGAACUCCGUGCGACACAACGAUAAGUACUACCAUCCGCUGUGUCUCGAGGACUACAAGGCGAGUCAAGCGAAAGAGGAGCCGGCUGAAGAAUCGGUGGUGGAGGUGGCCCCUGAGGAGAAGACUACAGAAGCCAUCGAAAUUAAAGAUGCCGAAGACGCCGAUGAGUCGGACGCAGAGUCCGUCGUCGAGGUCAUUGAACCCGAGAAACAGCCAGAUCCCGAGCCAGUUGAGAUCGAGCUAGAAGACGAGGCGGACGACGACGUGGUGCUGAAGGCGGAGCCGGUGGAGCAGCUCGACGUGGACGACGACGACACGGACGACGAGACCGCCGCCGCGCGCGCCGACAGAGACAGGCUCGUCGACUUCACCGCCGUCAAGAUCAAGCAGGAGCCCGUCGACCCAGAUGACGAACCGGUCAUAACAGCGGAGGAGGAGCCUAUUAUUCCGAUCAUCGAGACCGUUCACAAGACUGUCAUGUCCUCCAUCGACGGCAACGUCCAGCUAGAAUCUGCGCCACCCACUACGCUGCCAUUAGGAGGGAUUCGAAUUAAUAUAUCCAAAGCCCUCCCGACCCUUCCCCUGGUCAACGAUCAAGCGUUGGAGGACGUGAGCGCCGACGAGGAGCCCGCCCCGCCCGGGGAAGAAACGGAGUUGGAGUACAAGCUCAAACCUAGCCUGGAAGGAGUACACUUCAGCCGCCAACCGCCAGUACAGAAGGGCACAGAAUUAUCCGGUCUUUGUUCUAUUAUGUAAAUAUGCUGUUCUGGUUAGACUUUAAUACUUUUUUGUUUGGGUUGUGAUAAUCUUCAACGCCAUGUUGUAUGAUUAUUGAUUAG